AUGCCGGAUCUCGAGGGUAAUCAAGAGCAGGGCAAGAGCCGCAUGAGCUCGUUACGGGACCACUUUGAUGCAGAAGUUACCGAAUCGUGGGCCGACUUGAUUCUGAUCGCCGGCAGCUUCAUCACUGGUCUUUUGGACUCGGCGGUUUUCAAUGUGUGGUCUUGCUUCGUAUCGAUGCAGACAGGCAACACACUUUAUCUCGGUCUCGGUGUUUCUGGCCAGCCCAAGUCCUCACCAUGGCGAUGGGCCAAGUCAGGAGCGUCCAUUGUAUCAUUCGUGAUAGGCGCGUUCGUCUUCAGCCGACUCAUGAGAUAUCUUGGACCUCUUCGACGAAGCACAAUGGUUUACUCUUGGUUGAUCCAGGCCGUGUUGAUAUACAUCUGCGCCGCUCUCGAAGACACCGGUGUCGUCCCGAACAAUGCGGGUGACGUCUUGCCAGACAGCUUCAUCGUCCUUCUGCCCUUGAGUCUUUUGUCUAUUCAAUCCGCCGGACAGAUGGCCAUGUCCAGAAUUCUAGGUUACGGAGAGGUCACCUCUGUCGUUCUGACAAGCUCUUACUUCGAUUUUGCUUUUGACGACAAAGUCUUUGCCGGCCCGACUCGCAACGUCAAACGUAACCGCCGAGUUGGAAGUAUGAUCAUGGUACUUUUAGGUGCAAUUGCCGGUGGGUUUCUGACUCAGGAUGAGGAUAUUUCGAAAGUUCUGUGGUUCGCAGGAUCGCUCAAAGUGGUAGUUGCUGUCUUGUGGAUGUUCUGGAAGUCAAAGGGAUCUGUCAGAUUGGAUUAG